AUGGCCUCUUCGACCCUCCCAUUGAACUGUCGCCUUAUCAAUAUCGGUACUCACUCGCUAGCUCUAUAUACCCACGGCCCGGAGCCUGGCAGCUCCAAAGAUCCUGUCGUACUAUUCAUCUCUGGUGUGGCAAGCGAUUCUCUCAACUGGCAGGCCGUGGUGCGGCUGCUGGGUUCCUCGCUGCAGACCUACACGUACGACCGCUCUGGAUACCACAACUCCGAGUCCUCGCCGCUUGCUGCCUCAGCCGAGAACGUUGCUCUGGAACUCUCUCUUCUAAUUGAAAAGGCACCUAUCCCUAACCCCCUAAUUCUCGUGGGCCACUCCUGGGCCGGCGUGCUUUCACAUGAAUACCUUGCCCUAAAGGGGACUGGCCAAAUUGCUGGCCUGGUGCUUGUGGACGCCAACCAUGAGACAGCACCACUAGUGAUGAAUGUGAAUGAUCCAGUUCUCUGGACUGUUAUAGCUGCUGGCGUUGACCCAUAUUCUGCCUGGGGCGUGGAGGCAAAUCACAAGCUAACGCAGGAGGAAUGGAACGCAUUCAGAGCGGCUGAAGCAACCGAGAAGUUCGAGCUAAUUGCGCACAAGGAGGAUGAGAAUUACAUGCCCAGUUUUGGGACUCUACGGAAGAAAGAAUUGAGUAAGAAGCAGCCACUGCUCGGAGAUAAGCCAGUGUAUGUGAUUGCGGGUACACGCAGCAGAGACUGGACUGGAUUGUACAAUGCGGGAGUUGCUAAAGGGAACGGAACCGAGGAAGAGAGAAGCUAUGUGAGGGGGUUGAUUAAAGCUGUUGAUGCGAAGAAUGAAGGCCUUAUGAAGAAGUUUUUGAAGCUGUCUACAAAUAGCGAGCUUGUAUUCGCUGCAGAGAGCGGGCACUUUGUCCAGAUGACCCAGCCGGAAGUUGUUGUUGAUGGAGUGAAAUGGGUCCUACACAAUCUGCCAGUAUCUCUCUAG